AUGCUCCAUGAAGUAGUUCUUUUGGGUAAUAUAUCUGUGUACAGGAUGAUCCAGAGGCAUGAAUGUGACCAAGAUCAAAUUGUUGGUCAAGGAUCUAUAACUCUAGAAGAAGAAUUGUCUUCUUCGAUAGGAGAGUUAUCUGAUCCAAUAGGAGAGACUCCAAAUACCUUUGGAGAUUCUAUUGAUUCAGUAGGAGUGUCAAGUGAUAAAGUGAAUGGAGAUUCAUUAACUAAAUCUGUUGUUGAUGCACCAAUUACAAUAAAGAGAUCAAGUAAGACCAUUCAUCCACCUGUACGGUACAUGCACUUCGAUGAAACAUAUUUGAUAGAAAAUAAAGAGGAUGAUGAAGAUCCUAAAACUUACAAAGAAGCUAUGUCUGACAUAGAUUCUAGUAAGUGGGUUGAUGCUAUGAAAGCUGAAAUGGACUCCAUAUAUUAUAGCAAGGUAUGGACCUUAGUUGAUCUACCUAUUGGGGUAAAACCUAUAGGAUGUAAAUGGAUAUCUAAAAGAAAAUAUGGAGUUGAUGAAUAUGUAGAGACAUAUAAAGCUCGCUUAGUGGCAAAAUGUUAUACUCAAACAGAGGGUAUUGACUACGAGAAAACCUUUUCUCCGGUUGUAAUGUUAAAAUCCAUUAGGAUCCUUUUAGCCAUUGCUGCACAUUAUGAGUAUGAGAUAUGA